AGAAAAUACUGUCGUUUCUAGUGGAAAAAUGUGAGUUUUUUUCGAAUUUUUAAACCGAUUGGAGAAAGAUCGUGCCAGGGAAUUUGCACAGCAUGACUUCUAUUCAAUUAAAUGGAUUCUAGGGAUACCCCAGUCCCACUGUGGACUCAUUUAAGUGAUGUAACAUUGAAGUAAAAACGUUUUAAUCGCUCUAACGAUCUGAAUUAACGGGACUACUUUGUGAAUCCUGCCAAUGACAAUGUGUUUGAACAGGUGGAUGUGUUUGGCGCGUCUUCAAUCUGUGAGCUCAGAUAUUCUCGCGGGCUUUAGGACCUCGGGAUGAGCUGGGUGAGACAAAGUGCGCGCACCUCUCCUGUACAACUUAAGAGGUCUGUCCUGAACCUGCCUGAUGCGCCACUCCUGCUCCAGAUCUGGCGCUCCAUGGAUGCUGCUCUCCAUCUCAGAAGACUGAUGGAUGAUUUACCUCCAUGCCUUCUCUCUGGACAAACCCAGUUUCAUUAACUUUUAUGAUAUGGCUUUAAAGUGGAGUAAAAACUUCAGAAUGGGAAAGACAAGACAGCACUGGGCUGACUUCUGAGCCUCCCUUCUCUUCUGCACUCUUCACCAUGAGGCUGUGGAUCAGAGCUGCAGCUGUGCGGAGGAGGGUGAUCUGCCUCUGGCUGCUGCUCCUCUGCUUCGCCCUGGUCACUCUGGCGCUCUCCGACCUCUUUAACAAGGACCAGGGUCACAGUCUUGAGAAUCCUGGUCCUCCCCGGCGACCUCUCCAGCGGAUCCAGAGUGCACCGGACCUGGAGAUCAUCGUAGACUCCUGGGACCCUGCGUUGGAGCUCGGUAUGGAUGUUGCUCCACUGAAUUCUCUCCAAGAAGACCAGCUUUUAUAUGUGGCAUCGACGCAUCGCACUAAGAAUCCACCGCAGAGGAAGGUGAGUUAUAAGGUGAUCAUACCCGGGUCAAAUAAGGAUUCCACCCCUCCUGCACUGCCGACGCACGGCGCAACGGAGAAGGGAGUGAAGCAGCACCCGGAGGCUACGGGUUUAGAGCUUUCUGCAGUGGAGAAAUACGGUUUCAAUGAGGUGAUCAGCGAGAGCAUUUCUCUGCAUCGCAGGUUGCCUGAGGCGCGCCAUCCACAGUGUUUAGGGGAGCAGUACAGCGAGUCUCUACCGUCAGCCAGUGUUAUCAUCUGCUUUAACGACGAGGCAUGGUCCACGCUGCUGCGCACCGUGCACAGCGUGCUGGACACCGCGCCCAAACAGUACCUGCAGGAGGUGCUCCUCGUAGACGACCUGAGCCAGCACGGACACCUGAAGAGCGUUCUCAGCGAGUAUGUGUCUCAUUUGGACGGGGUGCGUUUGAUCCGAAGCACCAAGCGCCUGGGUGUCGGAGGGUGCCGAACUCUGGGCGCUGCUCGAGCUGCAGGAGAGGUGCUGGUGUUCAUGGACUCCCACUGUGAAUGCCAGAAAGGAUGGCUGGAGCCGCUGCUGGAGAGAGUGGCGCAGGACAGGACCAGAGUGGUGUCACCCAUCAUGGAUGUGAUAAACUGGCAGACCUUUCAGUACAACGCCACCCAGUGGCCAGUGAGGGGAGUUUUCGACUGGAGGCUUGACUUCUCCUGGGAAUCUUAUCCUCCACUGCAGGACAAGGAGCCGGACUCGGCUGUUCAGCCUGUGCCGAGUCCAGCUUUAGGAGGAGGAGUUGUGGCCAUUGACAGACACUUCUUCCACAGCGUGGGAGCCUAUGACCCCGGGAUGCUACUGUGGGGAGGAGAACAAAUUGAGCUGUCAAUCCGGGUGUGGUCCUGUGGGGGCUCCAUGGAGGUGGUCCCCUGCUCCCGUGUGGCUCACGUGGACCACCACCACCUGUCUUACCUCCUCCCGGAUCAGGAGGUUCUUCAGAGGAACAAGAUCCGUAUCGCAGACACCUGGAUGGACGCCUACAGGAAGAUCUUCUACAGGAGGGACACACUUGCUCAUUUCAUCAGGCAGUCUGAGAGUCCAAACAUCACAGAGCGUCUGAGACUUAAAAGGAGUCUGGGCUGCAGGACUUUCCACUGGUACCUGACGACAGUUUAUCCACAACUUUACAUCCCACAGGACAGACCUGCUGUGUCAGGAGAGCUGUACAAUGUAGGCACAGGCAGCUGUGCAGACCUUCCUCGAAGGCAUCGUCUGCUGGGCGGAUCCAUGAUUGUGGCACCUUGCAGCGGGACGGGCAACCAGCACUGUGACUUAAACUCCGACUCUGAGGUGCGAUGGGGUCCCAUGGGCGCUCUGUGUUUGGACGCAGAGGGAGAGCGGGUGGUGGCGUCUCCGUGCCCCAAACAGCGACCGAGCAGCAGUAGGCUCCAGUGGAAGUUCAUAAAGCUGAGCGGUCAACUCGUCCACCAGCAGUCUCAGUUAUGUGUGGAGGCUGUGAAAGAAGGAGGAGUCACACAGAGCACCCGUGCCGGCACGGCAGGUCUGUUCCUGCGGCCCUGCACCCAUCAACCCCGGCAACAGUGGCACUUUGAGCAACUAGUAGCUCCUAAAGUUUAUCCCUAACCUUGGUAAGCUGAUGGACUGGACAGAUUCUACGUCUGCCAUCAGGUGGAUCCAUCUUUCAAAGCUUUGAGCUUCCUUCCUGGUCAGAAAAUGAGCAGACCAGUCAGAGUCACAUAAGGAGAACGAGGCAUCAGCUGUAGGUGUGGUGUAGCAGAAGCAGCUGAACGCAGUGGUAAACAAUGGUGGUUGGCAGGACCGGAGUGGGACUCUUUUUCAGCCCUGUCAUGGCUCAGACCAGCCCAGUCACCUAAUUACUAGGGAUUUAUCUGGUCAAUAUGAGGUAAUUUAUGAUAAAUAAAUACAAAGAAAUUACAGCUCAAACACUAGAUAUUAACCUUUAAAUGCAUAUUAUACUAGGAUAUUGGGUAAUAACCCCUAGUGAUAAAUAGUUAAGAAUAAAGAAACUACAGCUCAAAUGGUUUUGACCUGGUAAAUUUUAUUGUGUUAUAUGGUAAUCACCUCUGCAGUUCAAAUUGAAAGUAUUUACCUUGUAAAUAUAAAUGGUUAAUUAUAGUGUUAUUGGAUUAUCUACUAUAAUAAAUAAGUACAAAAAGCAACAACCUAAAUACUAGGUAUUUACCUGGUGUAUUAUAUGGUGUUAUUAGGUAUUACCACUGUCAUAAAUUAGGUAUAGACCUAGUAUUUGAGCUGCAGCUUGUCUGAACUUACACACUGUUAACUAGAAAUCAUUAUCAUCAUCUUCAUCUUCAUUACCAGUAGUUAUUACCAAAUAAAACAAUUAAUUUACCAUAUAUUUACCAGGUAAGGGGACUGUAAAAGGAAGGGUUACCCACAACCUUUUACUACAGAUAUAUGGUAGUGGAUUAAAUAUAUUCAUUAUAAUAAUGUUCAACUACUAAAGUAGGAGGAAUCUUUUUUUUGUUAAUGACAGUAACACUUGAACUGAGCGCAAAAUUGUCAAGUUUAAAAACGGUCAAAAACCUCUACUCCAAAGUCAAUGAAAGCCAAAGACUAAAAGCCUACAUUUUUAUGUCAUAGCUUUUACUAUUUUAUUGUUAUAACUUACCAUUCUAAUUCAUUUUUAAGGGCAGUUUUUACUGUUGUAGAAGUCUCUUGUAGUUUUAUAAGGCUUCCCUUCCCUCCAACUUUGGUUUAAUCAUCUAUAAAUCAAGUUAGUUUUACUUGCAUGUACCUAAAUCUUUAGUUUUUCCUCCUGCCAGCCCUCCUUUUGUCUAUUUACUGUCACUGUACAACAGCCCCUCUGGAAUUCUCCGUUCACCUGAUUAGCCUCUACGGGUCUAGUAACUGGUGAGGAGAUGAUUGGCUUAUUUAUCAUAACUGGGCGAAGUUUCUUUAUAAAAACAGCAUUAAAACUUUUCCCAACCAGCUUAAGCGUGAGGUUAACUCACCAACUAGCUUCACUGAUAUGUCAUUUAUGUUGUUGCUCUGUUUGGUAAUGAAUGUGAUUGACAGAGUUUGCCCAAUCACCUUUUAUUUAUUUAUUUUGGAAUGGUUUCUGCCUGUUCCAAACACUGUUUAUGGGGUGUUGCUCAGAUGGAUGUGAAAGAUGCAAUGGGUAUGUGCAACAGUCUGACUGGUGUGACGACUCAUUAGGGCAGGUAACCUGAAAACCAGGAUUAGAUAACCUGAUUUGAUCUGUUGGUUUGUUCUUAUUUAAAUUAAAGUUUGGGCUGCAUGUUGGUUAGCACUGUUGACUCACAGCAGGAAGAAUACUGGUUUGAACUCUGGUCAAAAAUGGCCUUUCUUAGUGGAGUUUACUCUCACCAGGUUCUUCCACCAUGCAGAAAGGUGCUAGCGACGCUAACUUUCCAAUAUGUGUGGAGUGAGGGCGUGUAUGCCAGGGUGUACCCCGUCUUCUCUCCAGUGACGGCAGCGAUUGGCUCCAUUCGCCUUUGACCCCCUAAUUAAAUAAGUAGUGUCAAAGAUGGAUGGAUUUCAAGAUUUGAUCCAAUCUUCUUGCUUUCAUGGUGAUCAAGUCCAUUCAGCCUGGGUUCAAAAACAAAACAGCACAAGACUGAUGAAACAAAUCAAAAAAGUUUGCAAUAAUCAGGUGUCCAAAUACUUUAUAUUAUGAUGUGUAGUUCUGCAGGUGGAUGUAGCCACUCUGUAUUAAAACCUGCAUACCCAGCAGGCCCAUCAGUGCUUCUGUUGAUUACAUUUCUGCUCAAUUAAUUCCCCACAGUGACCUGUCAAAAAGCACAGGUGUUAGAGGGAACAUUAAAAAUGCUGGGAGCAUGCUGGAACCAGAGCAGCUAUGUGGAGA